AUGAACGCCGUCGUCGAUACCCUUCCCUUCUCUUCCUUCGCAGACACCGUUCCCACCGUCGACCUGGAAUCAUUGCGUGGCCUGUCGGAUGUCGCCGUCCGCGCACAGGUCGUCGCUCGCGCUGAAGAAUAUCGAUGCAUCGCGGCGGCUCUCCUCUCGAUCUACAAUUCCGUCGCGCCCAUCCACCGCACCUUCCCGAACGAAAUUCUCUCCGAGGUUCUCUCCCACUGCUGGAAAGACACGCGCAGCAUCGGUCUCCUUCAUGUCUGUCGUCACUGGCGCGCGGUUGCGCUCAAGACGCCGAAGCUGUGGCAGGCAGCCAUCCCAGACCCCGACUCAAGAAACCCUGGGCUCCUCUUCAGCGCGCGCGGCGCAUUUGCAGCGUCCGUCUUUCAAUUGUCUUCACCCGAACCUAUCCGCGUCAAGAUCAAUCUUCUCAUGAAGGCUGCGGUCGACGCGCUUUCUCUGCAUGCUGCUCGACUUGUCGAUCUGUACGUCCACCUCACCGGCGGCGGGCAGCUGGCCGCUUUGUGCAAGAUUCUAGACCAAGGCACACCCAGGCUUGAAGCACUCGGGAUC